GUUUUCACAGGGAACAGCAACGCUGACAGUGUGGUUCACCACAAAUUUCUGCACUCCGUGAAAGCCCGCUUCUUGCGCUUCAUCCCUCUGAAGUGGAAUGUCAGUGGGCGGAUAGGACUGAGAGUUGAGGUCUUCGGCUGUUCCUAUAAGUCGGAUAUUGCAGACUUUGAUGGCAGAAGCUCACUCCUCUACAGGUUCAAUCAGAAGCUUAUGAGCACAUUCAAAGAUGUGGUUUCAUUGAGGUUCAAGAGCAUGCAGGGGGAUGGAGUCUUAUUCCAUGGAGAAGGACAGCGUGGAGACUACAUUACUUUGGAACUACAGAAAGGGAAGCUCUCCUUGCACAUCAACCUGGGGGACUCCAACCUGCACUUCAGUAACAGCCACACAUCUGUCACCCUGGGCAGCCUCCUGGAUGACCAGCACUGGCACUCAGUUCUCAUAGAGCGCUUCAACAAGCAAGUGAACUUCACAGUGGACAAGCACACGCAGCAUUUCCGAACAAAGGGGGAUUCAGAUCACUUGGAUAUUGAUUACGAGCUCAGUUUCGGAGGGAUUCCUGUCCCAGGGAAACCAGGAACCUUUCAGAGGAAAAAUUUCCACGGAUGCAUUGAGAACCUUUAUUACAACGGAGUCAAUAUAAUUGACCUGGCAAAAAGGCGCAAACCUCAGAUCUAUACUGUGGGGAAUGUGACCUUUUCCUGCUCAGAACCACAAAUUGUUCCUAUCACCUUUGUGAGCGCCAGUCGAAGCUACUUGCUACUACCCGGCACUCCUCAAAUUGAUGGUUUGUCUGUCAGCUUCCAGUUUCGAACAUGGAAUAAAGAUGGCUUACUUCUGUUCACCAAAUUGUCUGAAAACUCAGGACCCCUCUUGGUUUACCUUCAUAGUGGGAAAUUGACACUACUUAUUCAGAAAGAGACAGAGAACCCAGUGGAAAUCAGUGAAGGCACCAAUCUCCAUGAUGGGCUUUGGCAUUCUAUUAACAUCAAUGCCAGAAGACAUCGCAUUACCCUGACACUGGAUAACAAUGCUGCCACUGCUAGCCAUGCAACAACUGUCUCAAGGAUCUACUCUGGGAACAGCUACUAUUUUGGAGGGUGCCCUGACAAUUUCACCGAUUCCCAAUGUUUAAAUCCCAUUACUGCUUUUCAAGGCUGUAUGAGGCUCAUCUUUAUUGAUAACCAGCCCAAGGACCUCAUUUUAGUUCAGCAAGGCUCCCUGGGGAAUUUUAGUGAUUUACACAUUGAUCUGUGUGGCAUCAAAGACAGGUAA